AAGUGCAGCAUUUUGCAUCGUGUAAGUGUGUGGAUAUUGUCGCCAUGGGCAAGAAGGAGGAUGAGAAGCGCAAAGCCAAGGCCAAGGCCAAAAUGGCCAGCAAGAAGGAGGCUAACGCUGAUCAAAUUGACAAGGUUAAGAAGGAUGCCAUGCUGAAGGGCAACCUCAAGAGAUCUGCGGUGCUGGAGACGGCGGUGGUCACCGGCGUGCUGGCGUCCCAGCCACAGGCCAUGGACGUGAAGAUCGAGCAGUUCUCUAUGGGCGUGUACGGGAAGGAGUUCAUCAAGGACACAAAGCUGGAGCUCAACUUCGGCCGACGGUAUGGCUUGAUCGGCAUGAACGGAUCCGGCAAGUCGACCAUGCUGGCAGCUAUCGCAGCGCGCGAGAUCCCGAUUCCAGAUCACAUUGACAUUUGGUUCCUGGACAGCGAGGCCAAGCCCGAGGAGACCACGGCCAUCCAGGCGGUGGUGAACGUGGUGGCGGACGAGCACAAGCGCCUAGAGGAGCUGUCUAUCAAGCUGCUGGAAGAGGAUCCAGAGAAGAAUGCGGACUACCUGCAGGUGAUCGGUGACAAGUUGGACAAGAUGGACCCCUCCACCUUCGAGCCGAGGGCCUGCGAGCUGCUGCACGGCCUGGGCUUCACCAAGGCCAUGAUGCAGAAGGCGACGAAGGACAUGUCCGGCGGCUGGCGGAUGCGCGUGGCGCUGGCGCAGGCGCUCUUUGUAGAGCCCAUGCUGCUGCUCCUGGACGAGCCCACGAAUCACUUGGACCUUGGGGCCUGCGUGUGGCUGGAGGAGUAUUUGUCCCGCUACCCCAACACGCUGUUGUUCACCUCGCACUCGGAGGACUUCAUGAACGGUGUGUGCACCAACAUCAUGCAGCUCACGCAGAAAGGAACCUUGGUUGUGUGGGGCGGCAACUACGACCAGUACAUCAAAACCAGGACGGAGGUCGAAAAGAACCAGCUGACCAAGUACAAGAAGGAGCAGGAGGACAUCAAGCACUUGCAGGAAUUUAUUCGCUCCUGCGGCACCUACGCAAACCUGCGCGUGCAGGCUGAAUCCAAGCAGAAGAUCAUCGACAAGAUGGUGGAGGCGGGACUGACAGAGAAGCCCAUGGAAGAUCCAAGAUACGAGUUUUCCUUCCCCGACUCCGAGAAGAUCUCUCCGCCGGUCAUGGCCUUCGCCAACGUGUCGUUUUCCUACUCUGGCAAGAAAGAGGACCACCUUUACGAGGGCCUCGAACUGGGAGUGGACUUGGAUUCCCGCGUGGCCCUGGUAGGGCCCAACGGCGCGGGAAAGUCCACGCUGCUGAAGCUGAUGCUGCAGCAGAUCGAGCCCACCGUGGGGGAGGUGAAGAAGAGCGGAAAGCUGCGGAUCGGGCAUUACAACCAGCACAGUGAGGCGGUCCUAGAUCUGGAGGCCGCACCUCUGCAGUUCCUCAAAGACCUCUACCCCGAGGGCGUGGUCACCACGGCCGGCAAGAAGAAGAUGGAGGACGCGGAGUGGAGAGGCAAGCUUGGGUCCUUUGGGAUCACCGGGGACUUCCAGACACGAAAGAUGAAGACGAUGUCGGACGGAAUGAGGACACGAGUCGUGAUGCUCCUCAUUGCGCUGGUGAACCCCCACGUCUUGCUGCUGGAUGAGCCCACGAACCACUUGGACAUGCAAUGUAUCGAUGCCUUGGCCAAAGCCAUCAACAAGUUCUCUGGUGGUGUCGUUCUGGUCAGCCAUGACUUCAGGCUGAUCAGCCAAGUCGCCAAAGACAUCUGGGUUUGCGACAGAAAGACGGUGUCCAAAUGGGAGGGCGAUAUCCAAUCUUACAAGAAGCACUUGAAGAAGGAGGUCAUGAAGAAGUUCAAGGCUUGAGAUGGCGCUUCCUGCGGCCUGGAUCGGCUCCGGGGGAUGGCUGAAUAUGCUAACCCGAAGGCCCCCCUCCAAAAAGGCAAAGUCCAUGUGCAUGAGGAUCAGUUGAGUCCAGAUGCUUCAAACAGAAAGAGCUUCCUCCGCAUCGGGAGAAUGCGAGCCAAUCUUCAGGUAUCAACAGGCGAUCAAGCGCGAAAGCCUCUUGGGCGAAAGCGCGACGCCGCUCCGAUAUCUCACUUCGAGUGCGAUGCAUUCAAUUUGCUUUUCCUAUUUUCCCUGGGCUCGAACUCGCGCCCGGUUCGGAGUCUGUGCAGAUGGCUCCAAAGACCCAGCCAGCACCAUGCUUUGGAAGCGGAGGCUCCGAGGUUCUGUUCAGACGAGCGCGACGCAUCCUAAGCCAGGGCUAUGGUGCAGUGAAAAGGUGACUGCAGCAACCCUGCCUGCGUCGCGUCGCCCCUCUGGGCUUUCGGGGUGGGAAGAGGACC